AUACUGGGCGCAUUGCCUCGAACUACUAUAUUAAACAUACAAGCAUCGAGACUUUCAACAAGCUGUUUAAAGAAAGGAUGACAGAAGCUGAUAUUUUCUCGAUGAUCAGCGAAAGUAGUGAGUUUGCAGACCUCAAAUCUAGGGAAGAGGAGAGUGAAGAACUAUCAGCUUUGAAAAAUAACUAUUGCGUAUGUAAAAUGAAGCAAACGAUAGAUACGGCACCGGGCAAAGUAAACAUCCUGCUACAAUCUUACCUUUCGAAGGCCAGGAUCGAGGAUUUCGCUUUAAUAUCGGAUUCAGCCUAUGUCGCACAGAAUGCUAGUCGAAUUGCUCGAGCUUUAUUCGAGAUUGCUCUUAAUCGUAACCGGAGUCACGUGACGCCAUUUUUGUUGAAUAUCUGUAAAUGCAUUGAUAAGCAAAUGUGGAUGUUUGAAACACCGUUGGCUCAAUUCGGUUUGCCUGCUGAUAUUAAGAUGAAAAUCGAGUCACUCUCGGACAGCAUAAAAAAAAUAGAAAGGAUGAGGGACAUGCGACCAACCGAACUAGGAAGGCUGGUCCAUAACAAUCAUUAUGGUCCACUCAUAUUUAAAAUCUUGAAACAAUUCCCGUCGCUCAAGUUGGACGCCCGUAUCCACCCAAUUACUCGAAAUAUUCUGCGUGUCUCACUUGACAUAACACCGGAAUUUGUUUGGAAUGAUCGUAUUCAUGGCACGGUGGAACCUUGGUGGAUAUUUGUUGAGGAUCUCGAAAGCGUGGAAUAUUACCACACCGAGUAUUUCCUAUUGAGCAAGAAUCGACAUGAUGAAACUCAAAAGCUUGGCUUCACCAUUGCUAUUCAAGAAUUGCCCUCGCAGAUUUUUAUCAGGGUCGUGUCUGAUAGAUGGAUCGGCGUCGAAGCCGUAUUCUCGGCAUCCCUGAGUGAUAUAGUCCUACCGGAAUAUCAUCAGAAGCACACGGAUUUGUUGAAUCUGCCACCCAUUCCUGUAACGGAGCUCAAAAACAAGGUUCUUGAAGAGAUAUGUGCCAAGCGGUUUUCUCAUUUUAAUCCAGUGCAGACGCAGGUCUUUGGUACUCUGUACAAUUCACCGGGUAAUGUUCUUGUUGGUGCACCUACAGGUUCGGGCAAGACCGUUAUCGCCGAACUUUCCAUGUGGUGGGCCUUUCGCGAAUAUCCCGAGUCCAAGGUUGUGUACAUAGCACCAUUAAAAGCGCUCGUAAAGGAACGUGUCGAUGACUGGAAUGCGAGAAUAACUGGACCCAUGCGAAGGCGACUUGUGGAGUUAACCGGAGAUGUGACUCCUGAUCUGAGAUCAAUCGAGAAUGCUGAUAUAAUCAUCACCACUCCCGAAAAAUGGGAUGGCAUUAGUCGUAGUUGGCAGCACAGACGCUAUGUUCAAGCCGUUUCCCUCGUAAUAAUAGACGAGAUUCAUUUGCUCGGCGGAGAUCGUGGUCCCACCUUGGAGGUCAUUGUUUCACGAAUGAACUAUAUCGGAUCACAGAACGACACGAAGAUUCGCAUCAUAGGACUAUCAACGGCCCUUGCAAAUGCGCAUGACUUGGCUGAUUGGUUGAACAUCGACAAAGACGGCCUUUUUAAUUUCAGCCAUUCUGUCCGUCCCGUUCCUCUUGAAAUUCAUUUCGAAGGGUUUUCCGGAAGACACUAUUGUCCUCGCAUGGCAACCAUGAAUAAGCCCAUUUUUGCAGCGAUUAUGAGGCAUUCACAUUCGAAACCUGUAAUUGUGUUCGUCUCUUCCCGUCGUCAGACACGUUUGACCGCACAAGAUUUGAUCACACUAUGUUGCAUGAAUGACAAUCCUUAUCAAUUCUUGAAGAUGCCUGAAGCGGAAUUGCAAAUGGUUCUCACCCAAAUAAAUGAUAACAACAUGAAGAUGUCACUUGCUUUUGGCAUCGGUUUGCAUCAUGCCGGACUGACCGAAGGUGAUAGAAAGAUCGUAGAAGAACUCUUUCUGCAUCAAAAGAUUCAAGUCCUCAUUGCGACCAGUACCUUGGCGUGGGGAAUCAAUUUGCCGGCUCACCUUGUCGUGAUCAAGGGCACCGAGUUUUACGAUGCAAAGUCCAGAGGAUAUGUCGACUUUCCUAUAACUGAUGUACUUCAAAUGAUGGGAAGAGCAGGCCGUCCUCAGUUUGACAACAGCGGUGUCGCGUGCAUUUUACUCCAAAAUUCGAAAAAGGACUUCUACAAGAAAUUCCUAUACGAGCCGUUCCCAGUGGAAUCCAGUUUACACAUGCAACUCGUGAAUCAUUUGAACGCUGAAAUUACUUCGGAAACUAUAAAGUCAAGACAAGAUGCAAUGAAAUAUCUCGGUUGCACAUACCUUUAUCGAAGAUUGCAGAAGAACCCAUUUUACUAUGAUUUAGAAGACAACUCAGAAAAGACCAUAGAAAAUUAUUUAUCCAAAUUGAUCGAAAAGUCUAUCGAAGAGCUUCGCAUGUCAGGGUGCAUUGACAUAGAUGAUGAUGGCAACCUGAAGUCAACCCCCCUUGGCAAGAUUGCGUCCUCCUAUUACCUUUCGCACAAAACCAUUCGACUCUUCCGCGACCGCAUGCAGGCCAAAGCAUCCAUCCGGGAUCUUUUGGGCAUGCUCUGCAAUUCUGAAGAAUACUCUGAAAUCCCCGUACGUCACAACGAAGAUUUACUGAAUCAAGACCUAGAGAAGGAUCUUCCCUGGGCUGUCCAAGGCGACCUUCCAUACGACAGUCCACAUGCCAAAACCUUUUUGUUACUUCAAGCCCAUGUCGCACGCGUCAAACUGCCCAUUGCCGAUUACGUGACCGAUACCUUUUCAGUGUUGGAUCAAGCGAUUCGUAUCUUGCAGGCCAUGAUUGAUGUCUCCCAUGAACGAAAAACUCUGACAAAUUGCCUGAGGAUAUUUUCUUUGCUUCAAUGUAUCAAACAAGCGCGGUGGCCCGACGAUUCAUCAUUAACGACUCUUCCUGGAAUCGAACGUUCCAUGAUCAACUCAUUAUUACUUAAAAAUGGUCUUGCGGUCACGUGUAUUGGUGAACUAUUAGACCUGCCUGAAGAAGAGCUUGUCAACAUCUUCAAGAAUGUUGUCGGUGGUCUCUCCGAGUCUGACAUUCGACAGGUCUGCAAAGUAGUCUUGAACAUUCCGUCGAUAGAUGUCACUUGCUCUAUCGACACAUCCGAUGAUCCAUUGAUUCCAAAAAAGGAAUACCCGGUUACAGUUUCUUUGAAUCGAAAAAAUCGGUCGUCGAAUCACGAUGGACGAAUUCAUGCGCCACGAUUCCCAAAGGUCCAGUUCGAGUCAUGGUGGAUUUUGAUGGGAGAAACCACCACCGACACGAUAAUUGACUUGAAAAGAAUUAACAUGCGCAAUGGGCCCUCGGGAGGAAUUGCCGAAAACAGUAAAAACAGGUUUAAAUUCGUUGCGCCGGAGAAGGAGGGCAAUUAUAAAUAUACAGUGUUCUUUGUUAGUGACGGAUAUCUGGGGAUUGAUCAACAGUAUGACAUAAACUUUACUGUGAGGCCGUUGUUACUCUGCUCACGUCCCGAACUGUUUACACAACAAAUUGUUCUAUCGAAUGGUGCCACAUACACAAUCCGUACGACCUCUCCAAAAUCAUUAAUCAAAUUAAUUAGAGACACUCGGAACCACCCGCUUUGGAAUCCCACUACAGCAGACGGUGCAUUGGAUGAUGAGAGCGGUCAGCUAUCUAAAUUUACGAAAAGAUUCGGAGAUGAGGUAUAUGACAUAGACUUUAUGUCGACCGAAGAAUCACCUGAAAUCACGAGCAAAGAGCUCGCCGCGAAAUCGAAACGAAAAAAGAAAUGA